CGAAAGCCUCUUCCAGGGAAAGUGGUAGUGAUGACAGGUGCUGCUCCACCUCCUCCUCAGGUUCUUUACAAUACGGAAGAGCUAGGUUUUGUGUUGAUGCAUUCUUAUGGUUUAACAGAAACCUAUGGACCAGGCACAGUCUGUACUUGGCAACCUAAAUGGAAUUCCCUGCCACGCGAUGCACAAGCGAAAAUCAAAGCCCGUCAAGGAUUGCAGCAUAUUGGGAUGGAGGAAGUGGAUAUCAAAGAUCCUGUAACCAUGAAGAGUGUGCCAGCAGAUGCAAAAACCAUAGGUGAGGUAAUGUUUAGAGGCAACACUGUGAUGAAUGGAUAUUUGAAGGAUGUGAAAGCAACAGAGAAUGCAUUCAAAGGUGGAUGGUUUUGGAGUGGUGACUUAGGGGUGAGACACCCUGAUGGGUACAUAGAAUUGAAGGACCGUUCCAAAGACAUAAUUAUAUCUGGGGGAGAAAAUAUAAGCACAAUUGAGGUGGAGUCUGUUCUGUUUAGUCAUCCAGCUGUGCUUGAAGCAGCAGUUGUGGGAAGACCUGAUGAGUAUUGGGGCGAAACACCCUGUGCAUUUGUUAAGUUAAAGGCAGGGUGUGAUGUGAGUGCUUCUGAACUUAUUACUUAUUGUAGGAAUAAGUUGCCACAUUAUAUGGCUCCUCGGACUAUUAUUUUCGAGGAUCUGCCAAAAACUUCAACAGGAAAAACUCAGAAGUAUGUUCUAAAGCAAAAGGCCAAAGCCAUGGGAAGCAUUUCAGGGACGAACAGCAAAUUGUAGAUUUCAUUUGGAGGGGAAGGAAGACGAAGGAAUUAUGGAAGCUGGAAAUGAAGAAGAAGAAAAGUCAUACAGGUUUUGUUUUUUGUUUUUUUUUUUUGACUUUUCCUCUGGGAAGAAAUUUCAUAAGUUGAAAUGAAACAACUAUAUAAUGUUCCAUAUCAUGUAUAUGUAUGUCAUGUACGUGAUAUAAUUUAAUCUUGAAUAUUGAGAAAAUAAAAAAGUACUUGCGUGUUAGAAUUACAUGUAAA